CCCCAUCGUAUACACCUACGGUCCGGAGUUUUGCAAAAUCUCAGCACCAUUGUGGUUCUAUUUCUUUUAAAGGCUUCGUUGAUUGUAAUUAUUCUAGCCUAACCGUUGAGGAAACGUGCCAAUUUCGUGGAACCGUUGAGAAUUAUGUGGUGAUUUUCACAUUCAUCACCAUUUUUCUUCUUUCCGUUAUCGGUAACGCACUGGUUAUCGUUGUCAUCCUGCAGCGAAGAGCGAUGCGUUCGAUCACCAACAUUUACCUUAUGAAUCUCGCUAUCACCGACUUGAUGCUUUCAGUGGUUUGUAUGCCACCAACACUGUUUUCGAUGGUUAUGAACUGUUGGAUUUUCGGUAACAUCUUGUGCAAGGUAUUUGCCUACUUACAGCCAAUGGUUGUCACAGCGUCUGCUUAUACGCUUGCGGUGAUCGCUUUUGAAAGAUAUUAUGCCAUUUGCAGGCCACUGCAUUCACGAAUAUGGCAGACAAGAUCGCACGCGUACGCGAUGAUCAUACUGGUGUGGGUGGUGGCUCUGGCUGCUAAUAUGCUGAUGCUGUUCAUGUACGAAGAGCAAACCUACAAUGGCAAUGGUCUCACGUGUACUCCCAUCUACAAACCGGUCUAUCAUUUCGCCAAUCAAGUCAGGCAUUAUGAGAAAUACAACCACAGUGAAGUUGCGGUAUUUGCAAAAUUCAAGACUACAGGUGUGUCGCGGUCUUACCCUUUAUGGUUGUAUUUUACAUAA